AUGGCGACGAGCGUGGGAGGAUACAGUGUGCUACCAGUAUUAUUGCGCAGCAGCAGCAGCAGUAGCAGAGACGAGAACGAGGCCACGCACUACCUAUACAUCCAAGCGCAUGCACCACGGCUGCCCGACGCCGACUCAGGACGGUCGCUGUUCGUGGUAAAUGUACCGGUAACGAGCACAGAGAGGCACUUCCGACACCUGUUUGGCACUCAGCUGGGCAGCGGGCGGGUCGAGCGAGUCCAGUUCCAGCAUGAUGAUGCAGCCAGCAGGAGGAGCAAAGGGACAAAAGAGGACACAAGCACGAGCAACAGCACGAGCAACGAGAUGAACACUAAGAAGAGAAAGAGGGGCGAAGAAGAGAGCGCAGAGGAGUACGAGAGCCGCCUGUCGACGAUCAAGCUGCCACCAGCAUGGGACCGGCCCUUACGACCCAGCGGCUCGCAUGCGGUAGUGACCUUUGUCGACCGUCCGAGCAUGGAAGCCAGCCUGAAAGCGAUAACCCGACGGAAGAAGUCCAGCAAGAAGACAACAACAAUAACGUGGGGAGAGAGCAUAGAGGACUACGAUGACGAAGACAAAGACGACAGCAAGAAGGGCGUAUAUCCUCUAGGCUCUGCGCGGUAUAACAGACAUGCCCAGCUGAGAUACCCCAGCCGAAGCGAGCUCCUGAAGAGCGUGAACGAGUACAUGAGCGUGCUGAGCAAGGCGGAAGAAGCUCGCGAACGAGAGGCCCGACGACGCGGCAACGUGGUAGACGAGGACGGCUUUAUUACUGUCACGCGAGGAGCGAAGAAGGCGGUCGACGCUGGCCGGGAGGAGGAGAUGCGUGAACUUGCUGCUCGACAGCGGGAGAAGAGCAAGGGGCUAGAGGACUUUUACCGGUUCCAGAUGAGGGAGAAGCGCAAGGAGAGGCAGGGCGAGCUGCUGCGGCGCUUUGAGGAAGACAAGAGGCGGGUCGAGGAGAUGAAGAGGCGACGGGGCAGGGUCGUACCCGAGGAGUGA